AUGCAGUUCGCGUUACCUCCGCGGCGAAGCCCGCAACCUCUACCUCUGGCCCGUCCACGAAUGUCAUCAUAUCGCAGGAAACAGUUGAAAUCUGGCGCCGUUUUUGCAUUCGCGGUUUUUUUAAUUCUAUUUAUCCACCAUCUCUACGCAUCGCCCUUCUACACAUCGCCUUUCCUAUCCGCCGCGGCUUCGACUAGUACUUCUGGUGUGGUGAUCGUCACACUACUGGAUCACCAGCUGUUUAGCGAUGCCUACCUGAAGAAGAUCAUCGCAAACCGGGAGCACUAUGCCAAUUAUCAUGGAUACACGAACUUCUUCGCAAGUGUGUCAGACUACGACGAAGCCGUUGGUGAUGCGCCACAAAGUUGGGCCGUCGUGCCAGCCGUUCGCCAUGCCAUGGCCACACAUCCUCACGCAGCCUACUUCUUCUACCUCGCCCCUCAUGCCUUGAUAAUGGACCCAACGAAGUCGCUCAAGUCGCAUCUUCUGGGGAAAGGCCGUCUCGAAGAGUUGAUGAUGAGGGAUGUGCCCAUUGUGCCGCCUGAUAGCAUCAUCAAGACAUUCUCCCAUCAGACGGAGGAAGAUGUGGACCUUAUAAUCACGCAAGAUAAAGAAGAUCUGAACCCCUGGAGCUUUGUCUUGAAGAGUGGGGACUUUGCUCGCUUCUUUCUCGAUAUUUGGUUUGAUCCACUUUACCGCAACUAUAAUUUUGCUAAAGCGGAGACGCAUGGACUGGAUCAUAUCAUGCAGUGGCAUCCCACUGUCCUUGCUCGAACGGCUGUGGUACCGCAACGUCUCCUGGCUUCCUUCAGUAGUGGAUCACCAGGUGCUUCUUUGGAUGGCACAUAUGAGGAUGGUGAUUUUGUGGUCCAGUUCCGCGGAUGCGAUGUUGAUAACAGCCGUGACUGUGCUCGCGAGGUGGAGCCUUACUACAAGUUGUGGGAGAAGAAGGUUCAAGGUGAUUGA